CUGCCACCAAAUGUUUGAUGUUACCAAAUUGUCAAUGUGCAGACCUCGCCAUUCGAGUCCGGAGAGGCGUGCAAACUGCAGACGUCAUUCAACUAUCACCAGCACACACUGUGUUAUAUUCCUCGUGUUGACCUGACCACACGACCUACAGAGUGUUCUGUCGAAAACAGUCUUGUUUUGCGAUUUUAUUCUUGGCAGCAUAAGCGACUGGUAUGUACGGUGUAUGAGGUUUGCUAACGCGAAAGGAUGACGUGGUACUGCGUUAGGGCGGCUCUAAUUCCAUUGCUGUGCCUGUUCUUCUGGGGUAACCGCAUCUAUGGACGAAAUAUUUACAAGAAUGAUUUACAACACGUUGCAUCAAGUUCUCGAAAUCUUCCCUUAGCGCGGAAUGCAUUUCGCAGUAAACUAAGGCUGAAAAGUCCAUUAAAGUCAGGAUCAGAUCUAAGGGCCGAAAUUCUUUUACAGUUUUUCUUCAGCAAGACCUUAUGCAAGUUUGUCAAAAAGCAAACAGGAGAAUUUGAAAGACAAUGCGAAAUUUCGAGUCAAUAUCCACCGUUCAAGGAAAUCGAUUUUCUUAGUUUCAUCCAAAACCCGCUUCCCCCCGGUGUCUUGAAAACCACGAGUCCAUUCGGUCCAGAAAGUAGUCCUGCAUUCAGACUACAGCCAUGGGCGAAUAUCGGUCGUUUUGCAAGCUAUUUCUUCAGCAGCAGAAUCAAACCUUUCUUCUCCAUAACUGCAAUCGUACGGCCAACCAGCCAAAGAAGCGGUUACUUGCUCACCAUCAUGCAGAUGCCCGCGCAUUCGCGGAUAGCAUUCGGCUUAAAGCUGCACUCCAAUGAGCAAAAUACCUUCAUUACUCUGGAAUACACAAAUAUAACGCGCCAGAAACACGUGUUCAGGUUUAAAGUGCCACAGUUUACGGGUUCAUGGAGACGCCUGGGUGUGGCAUUUCAGAGCCGGGAGGUUUCGCUAUACCUGGAAUGCCGUAAGGUCGAGACAAAAUACCUGAAAGAAGAUUCACCUGAUAUCUUUGUUCCCUCCCCAAGUGGUAUUUAUGUUGGGAGUGCUGGAUUUCUAGCAUCAGGCAAACAGCCAUUUCUGGGAGACAUAGCUGAACUAAAAUAUUAUGGACGACCAGAAGAAGCGAUGAGUCAAGACUGCAAGAAGGAAUAUUUUACAACAAUCAAACCAACAACCAUCCCAUCCACCACAACAUCAUCUACGACAACAACUGGGGCCCCAAUAACUCAGUCUACUCCAAGAGUAGUAUCUACUUCGAAAUCUACGACCAUAUCUCUAGAUACCACAAAAAGUAGAAACCUACCAGCAGUCAGGAAAACAUCUGCAACACAACAUUAUACUCAAAACAAUACUGAUGAACAACCUACGUCUCCAGUCACGGGUAUCAGCACAGACUUCACAAAACCACCUCCAACUACUUUUCCAUCAGCAUCUCUUUCAACGGAAUCUUCUCUAGGGACUGAUCAUACUCCUCCAGCUACGGGCAUCAGUACAGACUUUACAAAUGUCUCACCUACUUCUACUAGUAAAACUUCAGACAAACCAGAGGGCACAUCCGCUACUACUGCAAGUCCAACUGUAAGCACAGGAAGAGAUAGUACUGGUACUACUGCUGCAAGUCCAUCUGUAAGCACAGAAGCAGACAGUACAGGUACUACUGCUGCAAUUUCAUCUGUAAGCACAGGAAGAGACAGUACUGGUACUACUGUUGCAAGUCCAUCUGCAAGCACUGAAACAGAGAGUACGGAUACUACUUCAGAGUCUGCAGAAACAACAAGAAGAACGUUGAAAACCACUGCUGCACAAGUGAUGACUACUGAAUCUGCAGAAACAGCAGGAAGAACGACGAAAACCACUGCGGCAACAGAGAUGGCUACUGAAUCUGCAGAAGCAACAGGUAGAACGAUGAAAACCACUGCGGCAACAGAGAUGGCUACUGAAUCUGCAGAAGCAACAGCAAGAACGUUGAAAACCACUGCUGCACCAGAGAUGACUACUGAAUCUGCAGAAACAACAGSAAGAACAUUGAAAACCACUUCYGCMCCAGAGAUGACUACUGAAUCUGCAGAAACAACAGAAAGAACGAUGAAAACCACUGCUGCACCA